AUGGAGCUUGGCUUGGACCUGGAACCAAUCAGGGAUCUCAACUCUGGGGCCUCCUCUCUCACGUUCCCGCAUGCGAGGUGACGCCAUGUUUCAAGGGCAGCGCGGUUGGUUCUGUGGUAGCGUCAGCCGGGAUCUGAGGCAAUUCUGGGUGGCUGAAGGGGGGACGAUCAGUGACCCGCGAGCCGCCGACUUCUUGUUCAGCAGUGAUGCCUCACACCCGGACACGCUGAGAAUAUAUCAGAGCCUUGAUUACAUAGAAGACAAUGCUACAGUUUUUCAUGCCUACUAUCUCUCUGCAGUAGCUAAUGCUGAAAUAAAAAACUCGGUGGCUUUGGGUCAUUUCAUUCUUCCUCCUGCAUGCCUGCAAAAAGAAAUAAGAAGAAAAAUUGGUAGUUUUAUUUGGGAACAAGACCAACAUUUUCUGAUAGAAAAGCAUGAUGAAGUAACAGCAAAUGAAAUAAAGGCCCUUAGGGAAAGCCGUGAACUAGCAACAGAACACAAAAAAGAAUUAUCCAAAAGCACAGAAAAGCAUUUUAUAAGAACUCCAGCUGUAGAAAAGCAGAUGUAUUUCCCGCUACAGAAUUACCCAGUGAACAACAUGGUAACAGGUUAUAUAGCAAUUGAUGCCAUGAAGAAAUUCCUUGGGGAGCUACAUGAUUUCAUUCCUGGAAGUUCAGGAUAUUUGGCAUAUCAUGUUCAAAAUGAAAUUAAUAUGUCUGCUAUAAAAAACAAAUUGAAGAGGAAAUAUUAAAUUAAAUUAUAAAUGUCUUGGCAUUUAUUUUCUAUAAAUAUUACUGAGAUGUGCAUAAUGUAAAAUGCUCCCUUUUGGUACUGGGGGUUACAGAAAUGGGAAAGAAGUUUUCUGUUUCUCAAAAUGUGUCUUUAGGAAAUUCAGAAUCAUUUUGGCUCUGUGUUUUGACAUUCGGGCUGGAUUUCUUCCCCAGCUUAUAAAAAUAUGUUCAAAUAUUCUCAAUGCACAGUUGUUAAGGAGUAAUUGUCAUUAAUAUAUUUUAUAAGAAGUCUCAAUCUCACACUCUCCAUCUCUCAAUCUUCUUCUUCCUCCUUUUCUCUCUCUUUCUCUCCUCUCCUUCUCUGUCCCCUCCCUCUUUCUGUCAAAUGCUCUUUUGGGUUUAACAUCCUAUUUUAUUUUUUCUAGAUUUAAUACUGUGCUAAGUUUUAUGAUUCUGGUCAUCUUAUUUUGACUUAAAAAAUUAGUUUGCUAGUUGAGUUCUGAAUUACUGUUUCUGACUUGAAACAUGGAGAAAACAUUGUAAUAAUUCAUAUUUCAUGUUGGAUGGUUUCUGAUAAUAAAUAUUUCAGAAAUGACUUAACAUAAA